UGGCCUUCACCUAGAGCCUGUGUUGGGGGAAAGGGAGAGGAAAUGAGACCGAUUUUAGCCCGAAAUAAGGAAGAACUUAAGUGUGCCAUCGCCAGACUGCUUCUAUCAUUAAGUCUCUAAUGUUCACCAAGGGUGAAAUAUGUCAAGAACUCCCAAGGAAGGAAAGGAAUCAAAACCGCACCGGGUGCGGUCACACACCAUUAUGGGUCAAGAUGAGGUCGGCUCUGGGAAGAAGUCAUACUGGCCAGAACUUGAGAUAACAGGAAAUAUUCGAAAUAUAAGUCCAGCUGUAUGGUCACUGCAGCACCUGACAUCUCUGUACCUGAAUGACAACUGUCUGUCUCGCAUUCCUGCUGAAAUUGCCCGACUUGAACACCUAAUGUAUCUUGAUUUGUCAUGUAACAAAAUCCGCAGCCUCCCAGCUGAAAUUGGCGAAUUAACGCGUCUCAGGGAACUGCUGCUCAACAACAACCAACUGCGUGUUCUGCCUUACGAAAUAGGCAAACUCUUCAACCUUCAAAAUAUUGGGUUGAAGGGUAACCCUCUAGCAAUGGAGAUCCAAGCCGUCUACUCUGAGUCCAAUGGAACACUGAAACUCCUCUCAUACAUGCUAGACAACUUAGCAG